AUGUCUCCCAGACGAAAGCCUCUUUUCAUGGUCGGUCCCCAAGAUGCAUUUGGCCUUCUAAAACAGCCGCUCUCUCUCCGGUGUCAAGCAGAUGGUGAACCUCCACCCCUCAUCAUAUGGUACAAGGAUGGUCAACAGGUCGAGUCUAUUCGUGAAAGACCCGGAACUUCGAAUAAAAUAAUCAAGUCCGAAGAACUGAUGUUCCUCUCUUUUGAACCAGAGGAUGAAGGUACAUACUACUGCAAUGCAUCAAAUUCAGAGGGAUGGACAAAGUCCUCAUAUGCAAAUGUGCGGCUGGCUUAUUUGGACCCCAUUACUGAGGGUCCGCAAAACCAGGUAACCAGUAUCGGUGAGAACGUAGUCAUGCGAUGCAAAAUCCCCCGUGGCCUGCCCACUCCUGUCGUAAAUUGGUACCACAACGCAGAGCUUGUGCAAAUUUCCCUACGUAUAAAUCAGGUAGAUGGAGAUCUACACAUAUCUGAGGUUCAGCGGCGGGAUGCUGGGACCUAUCAAUGCGAAGUUAGAAACCGUGCGGGUAGACGAGAAAGUGAGGCAGCUACACUGACUGUCCAUCAGAAGCCACGGUUUGAGAUAACUCCAUCGAACCAGCAGGUGAAAGUGGGUGAAGACGUGGAGUUUGUGUGUCGUGUCAAUGGCGAUCCGAAGCCCUCUAUUUUAUGGCGACGGGAAAAUGGCCAACUUAUUCCCGAAGAUCGCAGUGUCCUCCGUGAUGAUAAAAGCCUUCGAAUCUUCCAAGUUAGACGUGAAGAUGCUGGUAUGUAUUUGUGCCAAGCGAAGAACGAGGCUGGGAGUAUUGAUGCAUCUGCGAAACUGGUCGUUCUUUCCCCCCCAAGUUUCACCAUCACUCCUACCGACACUACCGUUGCUGAAGGCAAGAAGGCUAUAUUCAAUUGCCAGGCUAGUGGUUCUCCACGUCCCUACAUCAGAUGGGUUCACAAUGGUGAGUAUUUUUUCUACCCGGACUUCAGAAAUCCACAUCUCACUGAGAAGCCACGAAUAUUUGUUGAUCGCGAGGGCAGUCUGAUUGUGACUUCAGCUCGAAAAUCUGAUGAAGGGAAAUAUGAGUGCCGAGCCUCUCACAGAACAGGCAUGGUUAAAUCUUCAGCGAACUUGUUUGUAAGUGAUUCAAACCCUCCACCGAUAAUAGUAAUCGAAUUAGGACCGCAAAAUCAAACAGUUCUUCUUGGAACCACCGCUACUCUACGCUGUGAAGCACACCUUCUUGGAUCCACUGGUCUUCCUGAAAGACUUCAACAUAAUUCUUAUGGUGUCAGUGUGACUUGGUCGAAGAAUGGUUUUAUAUUCACUCCUGACAGUGAUCCUAGAAUCUUGCUCCUAUCACAAGGCACCCUGCAAAUCAAUGAUAUCAACUUUUCCGAUCAGGGCAACUACACUUGUCGUGCCGAAACUACACAAGUUGUCGGUCAAACGCAGCAUAAUCAGCAGUACUUAUACUCUACGGAGUGGACGGCCAGUCUUCAAGUAACCAGGGCUCCCCUGCAUCCUGCCUACCAUCCGUCCAUCGUUGAGAAUCUCCCCAGACCACCGGAAACUGCAGAUAUUGUGGAAGUCGGUGAUUCGUGGAUUUCUGUUAAGUGCACAGUCUCACCCCUUCCAGUCUUCGGGGAUGUACAGAGUGACCAGUCGUUGAACGAGUUUGGACCUGUUUUAGCGUCUACUCAAGUGGUGGAACGCAUACGAGUACGCGUAGAGUACACUGGAGUUGGUGAAAACCACGGAUGGAUAGUGGCUGCUGAAGCCCGUCCAAACGAGACAGUGAAAAUAACCGGCCUCCAACCUGAGAGUGGUUAUCGAAUCCUCGCAAGAACCGUUAGUCCACGCGGAGUGGGUAAACCUCUCAUUAUUCAACACACUGUGUACACAAAAAAACGGCAUCGUUAUGUCAAUUUCACUAACUACCCCACAGACAGCAUCAAUUCUGUCCUCUUUAGUACCCCCCAACUCACCAGUCUCUCCACCUCUGAAGCUGAACUCUCAGGCCGCAUCUGUGGCUCGGCAAAUGCACUGGCCUUGCUCACUGGUAUUCGUGUGCACUAUCAUGCGGUUCCUUUGACCCACUGUCUCCCUACUGAUUCAUCAACCGAGCGUGAUCAUCUGCCAGAUCACUGUCCCAACUACGCCCCUACAGUUUUUGAUGAUGAUCUCCGCUUCCCUGGUGACAGCAUGGCCCCGCUAUCCGACAACUACUGCAGUCUGCAGAUGCUGUUUGAGAACGCACUGGACUACACCAGCGCCCAACUACCGCCUUCCAGUCAGUUGGAGCACUAUCGCUUUAUGGAGCUGAAUCUGGUUGACUCAGCACCCUUCCGAAUGGUUUUGGACAACCUCAAUCCUUUCGUAUGCUACGAGGUCGAAGUGAAGGCGUAUUCGGAGGACCGGGCUCUGGGUCGAGUGUAUAGUCAGAGCAGCCGUUCUGCUAACGUCCUCACCUUCGAUAGCACGCCCAGCCAGGCACCUCAGGAGGUGAAGGCACGGUGGGUGGGUGCUAAUGCCGAAGUGCUUGAAAUUAUGUGGUCACCUCCACCACCCUGGUCCACUAAUGGGCUGAUCAGUGGUUACUCUCUACGCCUCCUCGGGAGGGACUCUGAACAGCGCAAAACUCUCAGGGUGGGUCCAAAGGUAACACAGUAUAUGGUGGAAAAUCUCCAGCCCAGGACUAACUACACUCUCUACCUCGCUGCUAUCACCUGUCAUGGGGAGGGUGUACGCUCCGAGCCCUACCCUAUUAUCGCAAGCCACUAUCUCAAGCUCCUCGGUCGCAACGCCUCCGAGGCCCUUGUCUUUACCCGCACUUCGCUCUCCGAUGGUGGAGGCGAUGGUAGUAGCGGUGGUAGUGCCUCUUCCUCCUCCACCUUCAACGUGAAGAACCCAUUUACCACACGCUUCCCCUUGGACAUCACGACUGCUCCUUUAGGCACUAGAGUCUACAACCACACUUGGUUCAUUGUCUGUCUUGUCUGUGUCGCAGUGCUCUGGUUGCUCAUUUUCGCAAUCAUCCUAGUCUGCCGCUGGCGCAGACAUCAACGUGUGAAGCAGCGCUAUCCGCCUAAUGCAGCCGCAGCCGGUGACGAUAUGGCAUUUCGGCUCAAGCGAAGCAGCGGUGGUGGCGGUGGUAAUGACAGAAACAGUAAGGUGGGGCUGCUGGACUCUACCAAGGAGAAUGGUAUGGUUACGCCGCAACAGCAACAACAUCCUAUAUUAGCACCAGUGGGACUGAUGAAACAUAGCUAUCCGCGACUCCAAAUGGGAACAGGAAUUCUAACCUCCCAGAGGACGACUCAACAACCACCACCUCCACCACCACACCACGAAGAUGUGGGAUACGAGGCACCAGGUGGUCCGGUUGUUCCAGAGGCCAUGAAACUCACUUCCACGGGUAGUAUAUUUCUUGCUACGGGUGGGACUACUAGUUCCAGUAGUCAGAACUCCUCACUACACAAGAGUCCUGUUGCAGCAGUGCUGGAAGGCAGUGGCAUGGAAACAGUAAACGAGAACCUCACCAUCAGUGUCCCUGCGGGCGCGCCAGUGGCAGCAAUGGAAGACGAGGUGACGCUGCGCGCAGAUGAUCCAAACUCCGUCUCACCUUACGCUAGCACCUCUCUCAUCGAGCAGCUCCGUCAUGGUUGUGGCAGUAGCGGUGGAGGCGUCGGAGCCUUCCCAGAGGUUAUUCCUCCGCCGCCACACUACCCACCCCCGCCGGUGCCACCGGACUCACCUCCGCCUCCGCCACCACCACCGGUUCAGCACGCCUACACCCCCUCAGAGUGCCACUACGCUCAAAGUGACUUGCAGAAGACCGAGGAUGCUAUGUUUGUUGGUGCACCCUACAUGCCCACCGUGGGGACGGUCUAUCCACAGGAGCAGUACUGGCCUAAUGGCAUGCGCUACAUGCAGCAACCGGUUGUUACUACCAUUCCCACUCAGAACGGCACUCUCUAUAUGCCGCACAUGAUAGGGACAAUGCCCAACGCGGCGUUCAUGACCCAACAGCGUUUUGGGCAGCCGACUUACUACAAUCUUCAUCAACACCAUCCCGGACAGAUGAUGCUGAUGAUGCAGCAACAGCAGCCGAGUUCCGCUCUUGCCGACGAUGUGGUGCUGCCGACUUCCACACUGACACAUCCUAGUCGCAACGCCCAGAUUCACGCCGAUAACUAG